AUGGUCCCAGGAGAGUUAAUUCUAGCAGCCUGGCCAUCGAACAUUGCAGCUGCAACGAUUGGUGUCAAUACAUUUUUUGAUAGCGAUUACCGUCUUCUUUCAGGCACUUCCAUGGCUACUCCUCACAUUGCAGGAAUUGCGGCAAUGCUAAAAGGAACUUAUCCUGAUUGGAGUCCUACAGCCAUUCGAUCUGCCAUGAUGAACUCUGCCAACCCUUUGGAUAACACUGAAAAACCUAUCAAAACUGUAUAUGGUAACACGGAUGCAACAUCAUUAAACAUGGGAGCCGGACUCGUUGAUCCCAACCGUGCAGUUGAUCCAGGCCUGAUAUAUGAUGCCACUCCACAAGACUAUGUGAACCUUCUCUGCUCCAUGAAUCUCACCAAAGAACAAUUCAAAACAAUUGCUAGAUCAUCAGCUAAGCACAACUGCUCAAAUCCAUCUGAUGAUAUCAAUUACCCAUCAUUUAUUGCUCUCUUUAGCUCAAAUGGAAACUACACUUGGUUGGAGCAGAAAUUCAGGAGGACAGUCACGAAUGUUGGAGCCGGUGUAGCUAAAUACAAAGCAAAAGUGAGAGCACCAGAAAACUCGACAAUUUCUAUCUCUCCGCAGACUUUGGUGUUUGAGAAGAAAAAUCAGAAGCAGGACUAUACUCUGACCAUACGUUACAAAGGCAAUACAGAAGACCAAGCACAAUCUGAUUCAAUCACUUGGGUGGAAGAUAACGGUCAUCACACCGUAAGAAGUCCUAUAGUAGUAGCUCCAGAGAUUAAUGCCUGGACCUUAAAUGUUGCAGUUGACAAAACUGUUGCAUUUGUAAGUUAG